GGGUGCACAGAGCAGACAGGUGUUUCCAGCAGGGAGCCAACGGAUGUUGCCAGCCUCCACUGCUACUUGCUGCCGCGGUGUGAGUUCUCGCAGUAGUACACAAGUUUCUUGUCGAGGGCCGGCUGUUGUCGCGAGAUCUGGGGGCAGCCAGCACGAUCAACCUGCUGGUUGUCACACUCGCACACUAACAGCAGCCACCCAGCAGCCGAGCGAAACCAGCGAGCGCUGCCUGCCUUGCCUGGCCGGGAAUCGGACACAACGCCGGAAGAUCCGACGGGGGGGGAAUCCAACAUCUGGCCGCACAUCAUGAUUUAAAGACGUCGAGGUGCCUAGGUGGGCCAAAGAACACGUUCGCAUCGGGGGAGAAGGCGGAAAUAAAUGUUAUGAGGGAAGAAUGGAGUUCCCAGACCAUAGCCGGCAGUUGCUGCAGUGUUUGAGUCAGCAGCGUCACCAAGGUUUCCUGUGCGACUGCACCGUUCUGGUCGGGGAGGCUCGUUUCAAGGCGCACAGAGCCGUGCUAGCUUCCUGCAGUAUGUACUUCCAUCUCUUCUACAGGGACCAGCUAGACAAAAGGGACGUUGUGCAUCUCAACAGUGACAUUGUGACAGCGCCGGCCUUCAGUCUCCUCCUUGAAUUUAUGUAUGAGGGCAAGUUGGAAUUCAGCACACUUCCAGUGGAGGAUGUGCUGGCCGCAGCGAGCUACCUCCACAUGUACGACAUCGUCAAAGUGUGUAAAGGCAAGCUGAAAGAUAAGGAGCUCUCCUCGCUUGACGAGAAGAUCGGUGAGGCUUUCGGACUCAGCUGUCUGGAGCGGGACAAUUCCUCGGACGGUGAGCUGCACAGUGACAAGCGGCUCGGGAGGCGACACUCGCGGAGGCUCCCGGGGGCCCCCUCCCCGACGGAACAGUUUGACGCGGACAAGAGUGAACCGGGCCUCGCUGUCAGUGACUGUGAAAGGUCUGCGCAGAACAGACAGAAGGCAAACGGUCACUCCGGCAGGUCCCCGCACCUUGUAGGUGUCAAUUACGUGUCAGCAGAGGCCGAGCCGUGCGUCCCAACAGCUGGAAAAACAAAAGCUGAUGUCAGUAGUUCCACCCUAUCACUGUCCCAGAGGUCCCGGGCUUCGGAUGACAUGGACUGCGCUCUGGAUUUGUCUUUCAAGCCUCUGUCUAGCAGAGAUCCCUUACAGGCCUCCUACAUCUCGGGACAGCUGGCCCUCGACAGCCAGCAGCAGGGCACUGAGCCACUUGUUAAAGAUGAACACGACUUGCUGUCAGAGCAGGAGGACAGUGAGCCCAUGAGCCCUGAGACCCAGCGCUUUGGGAAUAGUGCCAGGAGCUCAGUGGUGACAGGGUUCGCUGCCCUCUUCCCAGGCAACAACGGCUCCACCGCCGCCCUCCUCUCCCAAGAGGAAGACCUGAUAGACGAGGAGGGGGAGGCCUACGGGGGGAGGGAGGGCGCCCCCGGCAGGGAGGUGGCAGCGGCGGAGGCGGCGGAGGAGAGGAGGGCUCGACUACUCGGGGACAGCGAGGAGGAGGAAGAAGACGACUUGGCCUCUUCGGACAUCUCCACUUCCAGCGGGGUGCUCCUGCCCGCGGGGCAACAGGCGUGCGUGUGCCCCCUCUGCAGCAAAAUCUUCCCUAGCCCGCACGUCCUGCAGCUGCACCUCAGCUCGCACUUCCGCGAGAAGGACGGCGCUCGCUCCAAGUUGUCCCCCGACGGCUCGGUGCCAACUUGCAUGCAGUGCAACAAGACCUUCUCCUGCAUGUACACCCUAAAGCGGCACGAACGCACACACUCGGGCGAAAAGCCGUACACCUGCGGCCAGUGCGGCAAGAGCUUCCAGUACUCGCACAACUUGAGUCGCCACGCGGUGGUCCACACACGGGAGAAGCCGCACGCGUGUAAAUGGUGCGAGCGCCGCUUCACCCAGUCCGGGGACCUGUACCGCCAUAUCAGGAAGUUUCACUGUGGCCUUGUUAAAACACUUGCCGUCGGAUAAAACGCAUUUACCUGUGCCGUCACGGCCCCACAGUGUCUUUUCACACACUGGCAGUUUGGAUUCUACCCUACGUGGCAUUUUCUUGACAUAGAAACUUUAAGAAAAACUGUCCCAGAUUGGCAAACAGCAUCGGUGUGGAAGCUGGACAAAGUCGAUGAUGCACUUGUUUGUUUGUUUUUUGUCUUGUUUGUGUUGUCUUUAUUUGAGGAGCUGAAACACAUCCUGGGGGCACAAUACAGGAUGCUAACAUUUGUUUAUACAAUCGACUAUUUGUGCACAUGGGAGAUCAGAACCGUCCGUUUUCCUACUUUAAUACUAUUAUUGAUAUUAUUUAUUUGGGUGUUUGUAUUGUAACGAGUUUAAUAUUUCGAGGCAGCGAAACUAAUGAAGAUAGACUACUGGAAUAUUUUCCAUGGAAGUUUUUAAAGGUCAACUUUCAAGGAUAUGUGAUAAAUAUAUUAUGUACAUUAUUGUAUUUUGCCUUAGAAUCACCUGUCCUUUUUUUUUUAAAAUCAACGAAUGUGAAGUAAUUGAAGAAAUAGUCUAAUUGCUGCUUAAAAAUUUAUAUUCAAACAAGUGGCACUAAGCGAGAGUUCACGCUUAUAACACUUGUGCCUCUUUAAACUUCACUUUUGUGUACUUCUUGGAGAGUGAUCUAUCACCAUGCCUUUUGUCAAAUGCCCUCCCACAUACCAGAGGAUAACAAAGGUAAUUGGCAGCACUGGAAUUCUAAUUGAUCCACGAGUGCCCUUACGAGUGCGUGACCCAGCUAUGUAAAUGACGCUCUUAUCGUGAAGUUGUUAUUGAUUGUCAAAGAAGUCAAACAGUAGACGGGUGUUGUUAUUUCCUGGUAUUGCAGCAGAAUAAACAAACCCAGUUCUUAGACACCAUUAAGGGCAAAGGAGGAAUUUUCGAGACCGGAGAUAGACAGGUGGAUCAUCGGAGCCGUGCCAUUCUGCUAAAGCUACUGACUUUCGUUUGAAUUUCGCAUUCGCGUGCUCACCAUAGCUUCUUACUGUUUGUGUUACUACUGAUGAUGACGAUGAAGCCUUUAGCGAUUUAAAAAAAAAAAAUGUCCGUGGGCAUGAAGGAGUUCAACUCAUUGCUGAAUAGCUUCUUUUUUUUUGUCAAAUCUGUCCUGAGAUGACUUGAUCUGAAUUUAUUUAUUAGCUUGGUUCAGGGUUUACUGGAAGUGUAUAUCAAUUAGCUCAAACGUUGGUACUCAUUCACUGGUAUUGGGGCUACCUUUUUUUUUUAUUUCUUUGUGCAAAUCAAGUUAUUGUAAUUGUGUUUUAGUAGAGAAAUGUCAGUCAUAUGGAACCUAGAGAAGCACUUGUUUUUAGCAUGCGUAGUUUCAACACUAUUUCCUAGGCUGCUGUUACAAUUGGUAAUAUUUAAUGUAAAUAUAUAUUCUAUUUAUGUGUUUUAACACCUGUGUGGUGGAGGGAGUCAAGUGUCUUAUAAAGGUUGCAGCGUCUUCCGGGGGUGGGCUCGACAGUUAAGUAGACUGCAAACAAACUCAAAGAAGUUUGUUCCUCUAGCUCUGCUGUUCUGCCACAGGAAAUAUUUUUUUUCCCCACAAGCACAACCAUCGUGAGUUGGCAUUGACCACCUAUAGAAAUGAGACAAUAAUGAGCAUUGUCUGUCCAACCCCAACCCCCACUUCUACAGAGAAGUCCCAGGUAGUUCUCAAGAGAUCAUUGUGUAUCUCCCUCUGAGCAGGGGGGGGACGCACGUUUCUCUUAGUGCUUUGCUGUAUUGAAUGGAGGCAUCGGAAUGUGAGAAAUGUAUUUGGGCGAAGGGAAACCAAGGAGACUGUAAACAGGUGUAUUGUUUGGAGGCAUCAAAGUCCUGCACCCCCCCCCUUCCCAGCCCCAACCCUCCCACCACACAGCAUGCAGUUAGAUAAAUGCUUCAUUGUUCUACUGAGAGGAGAGACAGUUGUGAUUUGAUUGCACAUCUAUAAAGAGAUUAUCUGAAUUAUCAUUGCAUCCCAUGUUCCCUGUAAACAGCGAGAAUACAAAGUUCUCAAUCAGUUGCACCUUUGGACCCCAUGUUUGCCACUUUUUAGAAUAUUAAAUGACUAAAAAUGAAAAAUCUAACAAAAUAAGACUACAUUUUUCACUCGUUUCAUUGCAUGUCAAUAGAUAAAGAGUGGCAUUGGAUUUACAUGAAAUAUUUGUCAAAAUAAAUGGACUUUGACUUGCUGUUUGCCAUCCAAUGUUGGGUCCUGACCCACCAGUUGCGUAGCACUGUUCUAGACGUAUUGAACCUGAAACUGAACAGGAACAUAUUCUGUCACCUUCUUUCAGGACUUCACUUGUGAGUUUUCACUAUGUUUUAAUCCUUUGGUUGCAGAAUUUUGCUCAAGCAUCAUUGGUAACAACACAUCUUACACUCCUUCAGUUUAACCACUUUCGUGAGCACAGCUAUUCCAUGUACAUGCUUCUUGUGUAAUGUUAAUAAUGUACUUUAUACAGGCAGGAACAUGAUGCAGGCUUGGUCAGGCCUUUCUUGAUAUUUGAAUGUACAAGUGUAUAAAAGCGGGGGGAGGGAGGAGUAACAAUGUAAAGAUUACCACUUCUUUUUGUAGCUGUUAUUUAAAGCUCCAGGAUGUUCACCGACUGUGCCUUGUCGACACACAAAUAGGUGUUGCAUCUGGAGGAGCCUCCGUUUGUACUUCACGUACUCGCUCGUGUUCACACAACAGCACCCCGUAUCGAAACAGAACGCAACCCGUUGUUUUCACAUCGUGUUACAUUCAUUUACUUUCUGCUGCUUAGUGCGAGGUUCCCCGGGGAUAGUCAAUUCAUUGUGUGAAUAAAUGUUUGGAGGUGUUAAACUGAGGACAAGCAUUUGUAUGCGUGCACGCGUUUGUGAAUGUGAGUUGUGGGCUCCAGUAGCUCUUUGGGUCAUGUCACUGACGGAUGUGAACUUCAGAGAUUCUCAUUGUUGUGUUUUCAUGGAAACAAAAGGCUAUGUUUUCCGAAAUCAUGCUGUAUGAUUUUGAGGUCAGACAAUGACCAUUAUCCAACACUGGAAUGUCAUCCUCUGUUGCAGGUUCCAACUGUGAAAUUAUGUAAGAUCACAAGAAAUAUUUAUUACUGUUUGUUUCUCUUGCAGCCUCUUGACUUUUAAUUUGAUUACAUUGCCUGGAUGUCGAAACGACGGCCAUUUUAAUAGACUAGAAGUGCCAUUAGAAUUUAAUAUAAAAUUGUUUUGGAAUAAGAACAAUAUAUUUUAUAGCAAUUGCUUCAGUGUUAGUGGAGUAGAGAUUAGAGGACAAUCUUUGAUUAGAUACUGAGGCAAUUUACGGUGCAUUUUACUGGAUUGCGCCUUUUCUGUGUGUGUGUGUGUGUGUGUGUGUGUUUGUGCCGUGGAAAUGAGACAAUCUGGAUUUAGGACUUUAUAAAAUUAUGCAUAGAAUUAAAUGGAACAACUUUC